AUGAAGCUCAGGCAGAAUGAAGGUUUUGUCUCUGUGGUGGUUCAGUGCCAUCUGAUGUCUGAGCAGGUGACCGGCUCCCGGGUGGGGGAGAAGAGUGUUCUCCAGGCUGUCCUGCCAGAUACAGAAACCACCCAAAGUUCUCAGUACGGUUUUGAAUCGCUACCCCAGAAGAUUUGUCUCAUCUGUGGUGAUGAGGCUUCUGGUUGCCACUAUGGAGUACUUACCUGUGGAAGUUGUAAAGUCUUCUUUAAAAGGGCAAUGGAAGGGCAGCACAACUAUUUAUGUGCUGGAAGAAAUGACUGCAUAGUUGAUAAAAUUCGUAGGAAGAACUGUCCAGCAUGUCGCUUGAGGAAGUGCUGUCAAGCUGGGAUGGUUCUGGGAGGUCGAAAAUUUAAAAAGUUUAACAAAAUGAAGGUUGUGAGAACAUUAGAUGUUGCACUCCAGCAGCCAGCAACCCUUCAAGAUGAAAGCCAGUCUCUAGCCCAAAGGCUGUCCUUUUCUCCAAAUCAAGAAAUACAGUUUGUUCCCCCAAUGAUAAGUGUUCUACGAGGCAUUGAGCCAGAAGUUGUCUAUGCUGGUUAUGACAAUACAAAACCUGAAACACCAAGUUCCUUGCUGACCAGUUUAAAUCAUCUUUGUGAGAGGCAACUCCUUUGUGUAGUCAAGUGGUCUAAAUUGCUACCAGGAUUUCGGAAUUUACAUAUUGAUGAUCAGAUAACUCUCAUCCAGUACUCGUGGAUGAGUCUAAUGGUUUUUGCAAUGGGAUGGAGAUCAUACAAACAUGUCAGUGGUCAGAUGUUAUAUUUUGCACCAGAUCUGAUUCUAAAUGAACAGAGGAUGAAAGAAUCUUCGUUCUAUUCCCUGUGUCUAUCCAUGUGGCAACUCCCACAGGAGUUUGUCAGACUUCAAGUUAGCCAAGAAGAGUUCCUGUGUAUGAAAGCACUGUUACUUCUCAACACAAUUCCUUUGGAAGGUCUAAGAAGCCAAAGCCAAUUUGAUGAGAUGAGAACGAGUUACAUUAGAGAACUGGUGAAGGCGAUUGGUUUGCGCCAGAAGGGCGUUGUGGCCAACUCGCAACGUUUCUAUCAACUUACAAAACUCAUGGAUUCCAUGCAUGAUCUAGUGAAACAGCUCCAUCUCUUCUGUCUGAACACAUUUCUCCAGUCCCGUGCACUGAGUGUUGAAUUCCCCGAGAUGAUGUCAGAGGUGAUUGCUGCCCAGCUACCCAAGAUUCUGGCAGGGAUGGUGAAACCUCUUCUCUUUCACAAAAAGUGAAAAUGUUGUUUCUCUUAUCAUAGAGAUGAUUUCUGGGUCAUUUUUGUUUAUUUUGGUCAAGAUUUUGCAAUGUCAGGACUUCAGUAUAUUUGUCAUACUCUGCCUUCUGCUUUAUACUUGUAACAUACAGAAGCCAUUGAUGCUUGAUGUACAUAUUGUGGGUUCUGAUUCCUUAACUGCAAAAAUCACAAGUCAUAAGAGAUGUUUUGUAAACUUGGCUAGAUUGCUUUUUAGAUAUGCAUAAGAAUGACAAUUACUAGAGUUUUCAGGUUUCUAAGAACAGUUAUCUUAUACACCUUUCUUACAUAUUACACAUUCUCAAAUUUCUGAUAUGACAGGUUGUAAACUUCUUCCUUCAGCACGUUGUGCCCAUGGGUACAUGGAAGCAUGUGCAUUAUACAAGGUUUCUGAGGAAUUAAAAUAUUGCCCACAUUUUCUCUUGGAUAUUUCACUUUUUAUUAACUCAUCUGUGUCACCGAAAUAUCCUUUCAAACUCAGCAUCCAAAAUGAAGUAGAUGUUGCUGCAAAACCUUCAUGAGUAACUGAAGUUCUAGCCACAAAAUGUACAUUCAUAUUCUUGUCUGUACUCAUAGUUCCAGGGUACUGCUUCCUGCAGCAUUCUGGGCAGCCCUCCUGCAAAAAUGAGAAAGCUUAGGGAAAUUUCAUUGUAUAUUACUCCAGAAGUAAUGUGCAUGCAAAGCCACUCAGCUUUGUUUUUUGUUAUUUUUUGUGAAAGUUUGGCAGUUUUUAAAGCUAAAUCACUUAGCUGUCUUAAAUUCAGCAACUUGAAAGUUCUGUGUUUCAGAAGCUUUAAAUAGAGAUGUUUUCACUGACUACAACUUUUAAUAAUCUUAAUGUUUUGAAUUCCAGUGCUGAAUACUCAUCAACCAUUAACAUAAAAUUAUAGUGUGAUUAAAUGCAAAAAUAAAUGGAAAAUAUGACCACAAACAUUUUUAUACACAUCAGACUCAUUUCAGUACUACUUAGUGGAGCUACAUAUUUUAUAUUUUUAAGACAUGCCAUUAUAAUUGGGGUAACUGUAAAAUGGGAAUUGGACUAAAUUAGCUUUAUAAAUUCAAGAAGACUG